GAUUUUGCAAAGUUUUAUCAUUAUAGCUUCGUUUUUACAGAGCCCCCCUCUCUCUCCUUCUCUUUCUGCAGCACAGUAACGCGUGCCUUCACGCGCCUCUAACAGCCAGAUCAAAAUGACAUCGGUUUGUUCAUCGUUCUCGGAAUCUCCACCUAGGUUUUUGUACUUUCUCUCUCUAAGAACUCUAAAACCCUUUUCUCUCUCUUCAAUCAAAUCCAUUUAGUAGCGAUAAAUUUUCCAAUAGAAAGUAUUAUUGGAAGGAGAAAAACGGAUCGAGAAUGUUGGAGAAGACAAAGAAACGGAAAUCCUUUGUUACUGAAGAAGAUAUGUCCACUCUCUUACAAAGGUAUCCAGCAACAACAGUGCUGGGAAUGUUGCAAGAGGUGGGACAAGUAGCUGAUGAAAAAAUUGAUUGGGAUGCAUUGGUGAGGAAGAGUACUACUGGGAUAACUAAUGCAAGAGAGUAUCAAAUGCUAUGGCGGCAUUUGGCUUAUCGUCAUGUUUUGCUUGAUAAAUUAGAAGAUUGGGCUGAACCUUUGGAUGAUGACAGUGAUUUGGAAUAUGAGUUGGAAGCUUUUCCUGCUGUAAGCAGUGAAGCUUCAGCAGAAGCUGCAGCAUGUGUGAAGGUACUAAUUGCUUCUGGGGUUCCAAAUGAUGCCAAUAUGUUAAAUGGUUCAACUGUUGAGGCUCCGUUGACUAUAAAUAUACCAAAUGGCCAAACAUCUAGAACUGGUAUGGAUAAUUCAUUCCAAGGUACCUCUAUGCAUGGGACAAAUAUUACAGUCCCAGUUGCAGUGCAAAAACAGCCACUGUCAACUAUGGCUGCUGAGGGAUUGGAUACCCAUGGGCCAGCUUGUACCAACGUGCAUCCUCGACGAAAGCGUAAACCAUGGUCAACAGCAGAAGACAUGGAACUCAUUGCUGCGGUCCAAAAAUGCGGCGAAGGAAACUGGGCAAACAUAUUGAAAGGGGAUUUUAAGGGAGACAGAACAGCUUCCCAGCUCUCUCAGAGGUGGGCCAUUAUUAGAAAGCGACAGGGGGCCAUGGCCGGGAAUGGCUCACAACUUUCAGAGGCUCAGCUGGCAGCACGUCGCGCAAUGUCCAUUGCACUUAAUAUGCCUAUGGGAGAUAACUUGAAAGCAGUUGGUCCAAUUGGCGCUGGGGUGGGGCCAAAUUCAGGUGGUGGACCUAGCACCUCUUCUCAUCCUGUUACUGCCGACUUUGCAUCUGGUGGUGCACAGUCCCAACAUCAACAAGACCUGUCAUCUUCAAAACCUCGGGUAGUACCCCAAAAGCCGACACCAAAGCCUACUACAAGCUCAGAUUCAAUGGUCAAAGUUGCUGCUGCAGCUGCAGGGGCCUGCAUUGCUACCUCUACGAAUUCUGCCCCACUGCUGAAGGUAGCACAACCUAAAGCUGCCCUCCAAAUACCUGGAGGUGAUCCUACAGUCAAAUCAUGUGCUCUAGGCACUACAAAUGGCUUGCCCAGUAAUGUGCACUUUAUUCGUACUGGACUGGUGUCCCAUUCCGCUGGACCACCAGCUUCACGACCUGGAACUCAGAAGGCGUUGGGCCACUCUUUGAAACCUGCAUCACCCACAGUUCAACCUAAACUAGCUUGUAACUCAUCCAGACCAAAUGCUUUAGCUGAACCCAAUGCCCCAACAUGUGCUCCAGCUGCUGAGCUUAAAGUAAAGCAAGUUCUCCAAAAAGUUCAACAAGAUCAAACUCCUCCAUCAGCCAACCCGGUGAUGAAGAAAGCCGAUGAACUAAAAGAGUACACAAUAGAGGAUCGAGAACCUGUUACUGCUAAUGCUUCAGGUGUUCAGGUUCAAGAAAAGUUAAUUAGUUUGCCAAGUCGGGAGAUAGCCAGCAAUGAUAUAAGUGAUUCCAAUAAAGCACCAGCUAGAACUGAGAAUGGCAGUGCUAAUGGAGGUGAUCCCAGUAAGGAACCGGCUAAAACUGAGAAUGGAAAAAGUAAAAUGGAGUGACUACGGUUGGACCAACUUUGUAUGUAAAGUUCAGAGUUCACGUUUGAUAAUUUUUAUACCCUUGGGUAAUCCUGCUUUCUUUUGCCUUUUAAUGUAAAUGUGUAGGUUUCUCACGGUGCAUUGUCUGUAAUUAGGUGACAAAUUACAAUUUUUUGAUAUUCCUUUGUCAAUCUUUACGUGUUAUUAUUUUGUAACUCGA